CCACUCAAAUGGUCUUAAAUAAGUACUUAAAGAAGACCCGUUCCUUCAUAGUUAUUCAAAAUGUCCACAAAGAUGGAAAACUCUCAGGCCCCAUCUUCUCCCCAUGAAAAUGUUUCUGUGAAUCGGGCCAACACCUUACAUUCCAUCGAAACCCGAUAUGAGCAGAUGCUUCUUGAUGAAGUUCCCUGGUACUUAAACCUAGUUGCCGAGUUCGCACACUGGGCGCUCCUUGCUGGGUAUCUGGUUAUUCCCGGCACAUUUACUUCACUUCAGAAGUCGGAUGCUCUAAAGAAGAGCCUGGACAAGACUGAGGCUGGCAAAGCCAUUCUCAAUACGAUCCAGAAUUCCCCGCUUGUUGUGACGGCUCAGAGCCUCAACGCUGCCCUGAUGGCUGAUAUCGACGUCUGUGGUGGGCGGGGAAUUCGAGCUGUGCGGAGGUUCCAGGUGGAGUAAAGUCAUUUAGGACCGGCCCGACAGUUUGAUCCAGCCGCAAUCCUGAUAAUUGUGGGUACUGGUUUCCAUUUAGUCAUUUUCUUGAAGUUAAUAUGGAGUACGACGUAUCGGAUCUCUUUCCAUAAUCAAUGCAAUGAAAAGCAAAAUACAUAAUUCUGGGA